CGAUGCCUUCGACCCCUCAAAGGCCAGAUACAAGGGCAUGAUCGACUGUGCCCGCAAGGUCAUCCGCGAGGAGGGUCUGGGCGGUCUGUACCGUGGCUUCUGGCCGUGCAUGCUCCGUGCCGGCCCGGCCAACGCCGCCACGUUUGUGGCCUUUGAAGCCACGAUGAAGCUGAUCUCGUAAACAUGCUGGGAGACGGGGCCUGGGCAAGCCCAAGGACACAGCAAGAUGCGCAGAAUACAUGGGCGAAAGUCGCUAGAAGAUGUGCGAUGCAAGGUGUGGGAGGGAGUUGCGAGUUUGUUGCUCGCUGCUCGUCGCUCACUGCUCGUCGCUCGUUGCUCGUCGCUCGUUGCUCUUCGUUGUGCUCUUCGUUGGUGCUCUUCGUUCGUUGCUUGUUGCCAAUCUCCGCCCCUCCCCAGCAGCAGCAGCAGAGCUGGACUGCAUGUGGUCUUGGCUGGUGCUGCUGGGUGGGGAUGAUGGAGUCAACGAGCCAGCACCGAGAGCGCCGUCAGUGGGCGAGAGCCGUCGCCGAGAGCACAGACACACAGGCCAGCCGUGCUGUCGCCGCCUCUCGCCGAGAUGGCCACCCUCCAGCGAGAACACCCGCGCCUGUUUGCGUGAUCCUUUGGCCUCAGGGCCGCCCUUGGCCCGUUUCUCCACCUCAUCAUCUCUCGACCGGCCAUCUUGCUAUGGGUUCAUGCUUCAGCCUGUGCUUCUCGUCCACCACCCAUGACGACGACUCUCUGCCGGACCGCGAGCGGGACCCGCUCUUGCCACCCAACACCUCCAAUGCCGACAGCCCAGGCACCACGCCGCAAAACAGCGCUCCCCAGCAGGAGCAGAUGCUGAAGCAGAUCGCCCAGACCACUGCAAACCAAUUCAUCGACAUCACCUCGACCAAGAACAUUGACUUGCCCCACCCCGAGUAUACCCAGCACAAGGAGCAGCAGUACGGCGCUAUUGCCGAGAACAUUGCGGUGCUGUCGAGUAGCCUGCAGUCCUGCGCGGGAUCUUCGUACGUUUCUCAGACGUCGCCCGUUGGCGCACUGGCCGGCUCCAAGGUUGUCGACUCGCUCGCCAACGCACAUAUCGGCUCUGUCGACGUGAGGUCGAUGGAUACGUAUGCGCAACAAAUCAGAGAAGCCCUCAGUGACUUCAAGGUCGCCCCUGUCGGCAACAUUACCGUCACUCUCAACGGCUCGGGAUAGGACGAGCGAGAUGAAGCAGAGGGAACGAAGUGACGUAGAGCGAAACGAAUGAAACGAAUGAAACGAAUGAAGUGAAAGCCCCAGAAUCGACCAAAAUAACGUUAAAAAAGGGAACC